UUUAAGGACACCCGGGCCCCCUGCCUUUCUCGUUCAAGGGACUCGCAAGCAAGGCUGUUCUCAAGGAGGGUCAGGCUGUCCCGGCGAGAGCUGGCGCGGACAAAGCGGGCCAAUCCAUUACAUAACCGCGAGGCGUCCCUCGACUCCCGCGCCCCCCACCCCUCGCGGAGCCGGAGUGGGUAGAGCAGAUCCAGCGAGAAUUCCCUUUGCCCGCAGGGCAGAGAGCGCACAGCGGAGCUGACGGGGCUGAACUUGACCGUGCAUUUCGGGGGCCGACCACUGGCUUUUCCUCGCGACGCUCCCUUCCUCCGGUUUUGCUCGCGGGGCCCCGCUAGCGCCUCCGCCCCGUCUGCUCCCCGCCCCUCGGAAGCGCGGAUCGCUGCGCCUGCAGCCGGGGAAGGGGCCACCACUCAGGACCCGGCACUGUGAGUGCGCCCCGGGGUUAUGUCCACGCGCCACCGCCAGGGUUGGAGCGGGCGCCAUGAGAUGGCCAGUAAUCCAUACAGCAGGUAGCAUUCUAUGCCAAUCUUGAAUGCCAACAGGAAGUCACUGGACAGCUUAUUCUUCCAACAUCAAAACUGGGCUGUAGUAGUGAUUUGGAAAAUAAGAAAAAGAAUUGAAGCCAUGUCAAAAGUAAACAGAGCUCGGUCCAUCUCCCCUCCAGAUGGAGGCUGGGGCUGGAUGAUCGUAGCUGGCUGUUUCCUAGUCACCAUCUGUACUCGGGCAGUAACCAGAUGUAUUUCCAUUUUUUUUGUGGAGUUCCAGACAUACUUUGCUCAGGAUUAUGCACAAACAGCUUGGAUCCAUUCCAUUGUAGACUGCAUGACCAUGCUCUGUGCUCCACUUGGGAGUCUUAUCAGCAACCACUUUUCCUGCCAAGUGGGAAUCAUUCUGGGUGGCUUGCUCGCAUCCACUGGUCUCAUCCUGGGCUCAUUUGCCACCAGCCUGAAGCACCUCUACCUCACUCUUGGCAUUCUUACAGGUCUUGGAUUUGCACUUUGUUACUCUCCAGCUAUCGCCAUGGUCGGCAAAUAUUUCAGAAGACGGAAAGCCCUUGCGUAUGGAAUCGCCAUGUCAGGAAGUGGGAUUGGCACCUUCAUCCUGGCCCCCGUGGUUCAGCUCCUCAUCGAACAAUUUUCCUGGCGGGGAGCACUACUCAUCCUCGGGGGCUUUGUUUUGAAUCUCUGCGUUUGCGGGGCCUUGAUGCGGCCAAUUACUAUUAAAGAGGAGCGGCUAAGGCCGGAACAGAGUCAAGCCUGCCCAGCUCAGAAGCAAGACUGUAAGCAGGAGUCUCCCUGUUCAACGUUGACCAAAGCAUGGACCCAGCCCCGCCUUUGUUGCUCCUUACAGCAGGAAUACAGUUUUUUGCUGCUGUCAGACUUCGUGGUGUUAGCCAUCUCUGUUCUGUUUAUGGCUUAUGGCUGCAGCCCUCUCUUUGUGUACCUGGUGCCUUACGCUUUGAGUGUUGGAGUGAGUCACCAGCAAGCUGCUUUUCUAAUGUCCAUGCUUGGGGUGAUUGACAUUAUUGGCAAUAUCACGUUUGGAUGGCUAACCGACAGGAGGUGUCUGAAGAACUACCAGUGUGUUUGCUACCUCUUCGCCGUGGGACUAGAUGGGCUCUGUUAUCUCUGUCUCCCGAUGCUUCAGAGUUUCCCCCUGCUUGUGCCUUUCUCUUGUACCUUUGGCUACUUUGACGGUGCCUACGUGACUUUGAUCCCCGUAGUGACGGCAGAAAUCGUGGGGACCACCUCAUUGUCGUCAGCACUCGGCGUGGUGUACUUCCUUCAUGCGGUGCCGUAUUUGGUGAGCCCGCCCAUUGCAGGGUGGCUGGUGGACAUGACUGGCAGCUACACUGCAGCAUUUCUUCUCUGUGGCUUUUCAAUGAUAUUUAGUUCUGUGCUGCUUGGCUUUGUUAGACUUGUAAAGAAGAUGAAAAAACCCCAGCUGCAGCUCAUUGCCAAAGAAUCUGAUCCCAAGCUGCAGCUAUGGACCAAUGGCUCGGAGGCUUUUUCUGUAGCAAGAGAAUUAGAUCAAAAAAACGGGGACUCUGUGGUUGCGGCAGUGUCUGGCUACAACCCCACAUGACCAUGGCCGUGAGUGAGCGUGGGAACGAAUCUUCAGGGAUGAGAGAGGUGGGAUCAUGUUUCUGAACACAUUUGUACAUGCUUUCAAGCAUUUUAUUUUGCAGAAGCAUUGCUUUUCAAGAAAAUCAUUAUUUUGUUAACAUGCCUAAUGGUGAAAGUAGCAAAUAACAAAGUAAGUUGACUGGCUCAGAGUUUCCUCAUUUGGGGUUUGGAUUCACAAUUUAACUCGCACCUUUUUGACGAUGAGCUUCACUUCAUGGAGGAAAUGAAGACGUAACUGCUGUUGUCAAGUGGUCAUUAGAUGCUGCUUCAAGAUUCGACUGAAGUAGAUGACCCUGGGCUGUCUUAAACUCUCUGCCUCACUAUCUUCCCUGCUCCAUUAGGAGGUGAAAGGAAACACUAACAUGAGUUUUGUUACUUAAUCAGGCUGUUCUCAGAAGGAGAAUGAGCUUGGCUGUGGUACUGGAAGGAAAAGCUGCCUAAACCUUUCUGUAGUGGAGUUUCUCAUUAGCGACUAUUUAAUUUUUUUUUCUUUUCCCACUUGUUUUUCUUUCCUUUCCCUCUUAUUCUUCCCUCUUCUUAUUGCCAGCCUUUCCUCUGCCAGUGGGUAGAUACCACUUUGAGACUCCAAAGAAUCAUGGACUACUAUGGCUGAAGUAAGCCUUAAGGCUUGGCUGGUAAGAUCGUCCUUAAAAGUUGUCCCCUGGAAACUGCAAAUGCAUUUCCUAAGACUGUGCCCUUGGUGUUAACCUUUGUGACCAUUUCAUAUCGUACUUACUCUAAAUUAAGGCAAAUGUAGUGAGUCCCAAAGGCAACUUCUCAGUUUUACCUGUAAUGUUGACACCAAUACUUCCCGUAUUUUUCAUUAGAAAUAAAGCUCUGAUUUAAAUUGUAGACACAUUCCUGUUACGAACACAAAAAUGUUGGCUAUCUUCCAACCAGGCAGGGAUUCAGUUCUUGAAACAGGUCUCUGGUGAGUGUUUGCGUUUUUUUAAAAAAUCAGACAGUUAGGUUUAUCAUUAACCCAAAACAAGACAUGUGUGAUUUUGCCUGAAGAAAGGUGAGACUCCUUUCUGCUUGUGUUACUCAUGGUUCCAUUGUCCACUGGUCUUCAUCUUUUUGCUGGAUAAUCAUUGAAAACUUGGUGGACUUUUUCAGCUGAAUGAGAAGGCUUCAGGGCUUGGCCUGCGAAUCCUAAACCCUCUCGUUAAAGUGUAGCUUUGGUCAGGGACAAUGCUCACAAACCUUAACUCUUCGGAUUAGACUAAUCUCUUCUAUUCUAAGUGCUCAACUUUUCCAGGUUUGGGGUAUGUUCUGUCAUAGGGUGUGGAGAGAACAGAGAAAGGCAAUCCCCAGUAUGUCUCCAACCACUUUAAGUCCACAGAAUUAUAAAUCUAAGUCACAACUCUUGUCACACCCAUGAAUAGGGAUUUGUGAUACAAUUGAAUGGAUUUUCAUUAUUCAAAAUUUAAAAUCUUCAUCUCAAGGAAAGAUUUUGACCCUAAAGGCUAUUGACUUCUCUAUCACCCAGGAGGCCUCACAAAUGCUUUCACACCUUCCAGGGGUACCCUGAGGAAAGACACAGCCGGGAGGAAGAGCCUGGGCCAAUUGUUCAUGUUCAGCUAGAGUUUUGUCUAUAACUGUAUUAUUUCAUGAAAUUACAUGUUAAUACAUUGUGUUCAGAAUGAAAUACUGACUUGAUUUGGUGGGAGAAAACUGUAUGUACUAUUUCACAGUUGUUUCCCCCUAAAAAUUUGAAUGCUCCUUUUUAGUUUAAACAUAGUUUGAGAAUUUAGUUUUGAAUCUAUUUACUUUGUCAUUUACAAUUUAAAUAUAAAGUUUGAAAAUAUUUGUAAGAAGUCAAAGUUAAAAUGAAGUUAUAUGUGUUCGGAGUAACAAUUUCAUGUCAUUCAUUUUUCAACAGUGUCAGUAACAUUUAAGUGUCAUUCUUAAAUCUUAGAAUCCAAAGAGUUUUUGAAUAUGACUAUUAUAAAUAUUAUACAUACUUUUUCCUAUUGAUGAUCACAGUAAAAUUUUGUGUGUUUCUGCAAUUUAAGUUCUCUGAGUUAUAAAUAUCCAUGAAAAAUACACAUAGAGAUCAGAACUUCUAAAAAAUUGUAUAAGAUAUUUAGGAUAGUUUGACUUUAUACUGUCAUAAAUUUAUACUUUUCUUUUGGGAGCAGGACUUUUAGUAAGGAAAAUGUAAAUCUUUGAGUCUACCAUUGUCAUCUACAUAAAAUUCUACUGUUAAGAUUCCAUGUGCUUGUACUGUUUAUUUAAAAACGUAUGGGAACAAAAUGGUGGUGAGAUGAUUCUGCAUAUUAAAUUUGUAUCUAAAUUAAAUUUUUAAAAUUUAUAUUAUUUAUGUCUCCACUUUGAAUAGAAAAGCAAAAGAAACUUCUGUAGAGACACUGAACCGUCAAGCCUUUUCCUGCCCAGAUUGUGGUUUCACUAGUGGAUCAGAUACUUACUUCCUUAUUAAGGAAAUAAUGUUAUUUUCUUAAUAAGGAAAUAUUAUUUUCUUAAUAAGGAAAUAAUAAAUAUUUAUCUUAAUAAGGAAAUUUCAAAAGCAUAAUAAAGUGAAUUUCUAAUUGUGUUUGGAAAACCCUUUUUGCUAUGCACAACAGGUUUGGAUUAGAUGAUGUGUGGGCCUGUCUGGGUCAUGCUAAGUUGUAGUUGGCAUAUAAAGAUAUGAUAUGCAAUCAAAUAAUUUACAAAAAUCAGCCAUUUAUGGAGGACUUCUAAUGUGUUAGCUGCUGUGUAUGCACAUCCUGUACACUGUUAUGUUCAGUCUCCGUAAUAACCUCCGUAAUAUUACUGUCCUCAUUUCAUACAUGUGGAAACUGAGGCACCAGGCCCCACAGCACGUGUUGCAGCAGCCACUGCACACGAGGGCCUCAAGUGCAACCUCUGGAACUAGGCAGCUUUUUGAUGCUGGAGCCCAGAGCCUGCCUUUAGUGGCUACUUGGAGCCUCCUCAAGAAGCCACUUAGAAACAACCAUCUUGUGCUGUUAAACUGCUUUGGUUAUGUUUCCCACUUCCAAUUAGUAUAGAUAGGAAGGCUCUAGGUUGGAAAUUUCAAAGAACUUUCUCAAGAGUUUGAUUUUAGAAAGGUCAGUCCUUACAGGCAUUUAAUUUGCUAUCUGUGAUUCAAGUUUCUCUCGGGAAGUAUUUGUGUUAUCCCAAAAGUGACUUCCACUUUUGCAUACCAAAGUCAUGCUUUCUUAAUAGGACUUGAGUUCUUUCUGAAGUGUCUGUACCAUUGGCAGUAGUGAUGAUGAUAGGAAUAUCUGAUUGGCAUUUAUUUUCCUGUUCCCCAUGGGUCUAGUUCUGAAAUUGCAUUUUGAGAUGGAAUAGUAGCAAUUCAAAAUAAAGAGCUGAGUUUCUC